AUGUCCGCUCUGAUCUACAUCAACGAAGAAGGUGCCGGCCAGAAGCACAGUGAUCUAUGCCACUACUCCCAAGCAGUCAUUCUCGGGAACGUUGUCAAAUGUGCUGGGCAAGGAGGAUGGACAGAAUCUGGAGAUCUAGAUGCCAACGAUAUCACUGGCCAGGUGGAUCUCGCCUUUGCAAACGUGGACAAAGUACUCCGGGCGACGGGGCUACGGGGAUGGGAAGACGUUUAUUUGAUUCGAUCUUACCACGUUGAUAUGGACUCAUCGUUCGAUCAUUGCGUCAAAACGUUGAAGAAACGCAUCCCCGGCCACCGUCCUAUAUGGACUUCCAUUGCUGUGCCUCGACUGGCGUUUCCGGCCAUGAAGAUCGAAAUCGAGGUUGAGGCUAUCAAACAUGAAUGA